UUUAUCAUAGAUUACUGUUUUUGAAACGUUACCGAUUCAUUAUAUUCAUGAACAAUUCAAAGUCGCUGCAUCGUCCCAUCUCUAGCGGUUAUGCAAAAUCUGACAUUUGGCUGACAACUUAGUGCUGAAAUUAUGUAUGACACAAUACUUUAAAAUUCGCACAAUGUAACACCAUAACGUUAAGAAACCGAAAAAUCUAUGUUUUUGUGUUUUUUAAGGCUUAUAUACAGGUUGUCGGGAAUAACCGAAGCCGCCAUAUCGGUUCAUCCCUAGCGUGUCGUCGGGGCUGCCAACUCGGCCCACUAAAAAAUCGCAGAGAAAACAUGCUGGGCAAUAAAAAAAGAAGAAAACAACCAGCGCCAGCGCUGGCUAAUAUGCAGCUUGAUAUAACGAGGCAGCACCAGGGGCACAAGAGAAAAAUUUAUAACUGAGUGUAGAGAAAAAAUUGCUCUUUGGGGCCGAGCACGUAACAGAAAAAAAGCUGGUAACAAAACUGUAGCGAUGAGUAGCAACAUAAACAUAAACACCGUGCCCAGGCCCAGUUCGAAUCCCCAUCAGCAUUCGCUUCCCAAUCGUAGUCCGGAAUCUGUCGAGGAAGAGGAGGGGGACGGUGAACGGAUGAGCGACACCAGCAGCUCGGUGAGCAGCCAGCGGAGUCGCACUUCCAGCAGCAGUUCGUCGAAUGAUUCGAGCGACUCGCUGGAUGACGACCAGGAACAGGAUCAGGAACCCGACGAGGACAUGUCCAGUGGCUCAGAGACGGAGGACGAUACAGCCACCUAUCAGUCGGACGAACUAGAACUCGCUCAGUUAAAUGGAAGGGAUGUCUUUCGGUUGCCUCGUGGUCUCUGCGAAAGUUCGUCCAUAUUCCAUGAGUUCUUCUCCAUGGAGACCUGGCAGCAGUUGCCUCAAGCCAUUCAAGCCCGACUGCAGUCCUUGUUGCCAGAUUUCACCGGCCUGGUUUCGGGGCCGGCACAGGCCGGAGCUGAGCAACAGCGAACCCUCGUGCAGCUCUUUAACGGUGGCCUCCAGCGCUUCGGACAAUCCCCGCUGCUCCAAUUGCAACGCCAACUGGAGGAGGGCAGCUUGCGACCGGAUGUCAUGCAGCUACGAAAGAGCAUACAGCACUCCAGUCGGAGGGAAUUUCGCUUCCAGCAGGCAGAGCGCCUUAGUCAGCUGGCCAAGGAACUCUUUCUGUCCAGAGAGCAGGUCCUGCAGCACGCCUACACAUCAGCUCCUCCUACCGACGGCUCUUUUGGUAAAUAUUUGCCGAGGCAACGACCACGGAAGCAGAAGCCACCUUCGUUGAACACUCAGAAUCGAUGCUGCACUCGGCGAGCGAAGAAACGAUACGCUCAGGAGCUGCUUGAAGUUAUGGGUGAGCUGAAGGUAAUGCCCGGAGACAUUAGUGCCGAGGAUGAUGAAGAGGACGAGGAUUGUUCUCAGCUGCUAGAGCGGCUGGCCUAUGGGCCGCCAGAAGUUCUUCCGGAGGAGCCCAAGGCGCAGGAGAGGGAUGGAGCUGGGAGGCCUUCGAAUGCCGCUGACAAGAAAUGCAUUUACAAUACGUUCUUUAAGCGGCGACCGGGCGUGGAGGACGACCAGAUACUGCGCCUGAUGCAAGCGGAACGGAACACCCAACUCAACGACAAGAAUUUCCGAAAGUAUUUGCGGGACUACAAGCGCCGAAAACUGGAGCGGCCGGAAAGUCCCGAAUUCGACACUUCCGAGGUGCGCCUGCGCGACAUAUGUACCCGAGCUCAGUUUGUUGGAAAUUUCAAACCGGGCAGAAAACCAAAGGCACUGAUGGCCCGCCUAAAUCCCGAUCCACCCGCACUGGUUCCAAUUGGGGCUUCAGCCGGGCCUAAGAGCGAAGUGGUGGACGAGGAGCCCAUGCUACUGGAUGAACCACAUCAGCUGUUUGGCCGCCGGGUCGCCGAGGACCAGUCGGAGGAGCACAGGACGCCGAAGGAGUUCAUGCCAAAGAAAGCAACUGCCUCACCAGUAACUACACCUGUCUCUCAGCCCAUACCCAAACUUGAGCCAUUAAACGGACCGAUUGCGCAACCCCGUGCGAGUCCAACAGCUGCUGCUCUGCCUGGUCAGGCUUCUGGUCAUAUCACCGGCAGCCCCACUAGGGAAGCAGUCCAACGUCCGACAUCUUCCAACCGACCAUCUUCGUUCUUCUCGCUGCUUAGGGACCUGUUUGUAUCCACUCCUCAGCACCGGCUCACAUAUGGGGAACUUCAAAUCCUCCUCAACAACUGGAGGGAAGCGCAUUCGGAUGCUUCUUUUCCGAUCGGGGAGUGGCCGCGUUCUGUGAUCGAUUGGUCGAAGCUACUUCAGUCUGGAAUUAACUUUUUAUCCGGAGAUUUUGGAUCUCUGCCAACGGAAUAUGUACCCUACAUUGACAAUAAAACCCAGAUGGGGAUUUAUCAAUGGAUCGGAGCUGGCCGGGACUCGGAUGCACGGCUAAUAGGCUUGUGCCAGAGUUGGCUGAGGACGCAACGGGAUGAGAAUUCGCAGCUAAGUCCGGCGUUGAGUUCAAAUGUAAGUUCCCUAGUGGAUACAACUCCAACACCUCCUCCCAGAUGUCCCACUACGUGGACCGUCCGAACGGCCAGCCAAUCGGAGAUCCAGGAGUUCCAGCGGCAGGAGAGAAUGCGCUUCGAGUAUCCACAUCGUCCAUUCACGUAUCGCCUCAAUGGAUACGAAAGUGUCGUGGGCCCCGUCAAAGGAAUCUAUACCCAAAGUAUGCCUUUAAACAAAGCCCGCGGCCAUGCCGUCAUGGUGGACGAUCGACCUCCGUUUGUGACCAUUCUGACACUGGUGCGCGACGCCACCGCCCGGCUGCCGAAUGGUGAAGGCACUCGCGCCGAGAUAUCCGAAUUACUAAAAUGUUCCCAGUACGUAAAUCCACAAGCAGCUGACAAUGUCCUGCAGACGAUAGUCAGUGGAGCGCUAGACAGAAUGCACGGCGGCCAAGAUCCUUGCGUGAAAUACGAUGCCAGACGGAAGAUCUGGAUAUAUUUGCAUCGCAAUCGAACCGAAGCCGAGUUUGAACGAAUGCAUAGGCAUAAUCAGUCCCUGGUUAAGCAGAAGCAGCAACAGAGGAAGCAACUGAGCCGGCCGAAGCUGGAAGAUGGAACGGAAGCCCCUGGUACUGAACGCCAGCAGCAGGAUCAUCCGCCUGCUUUGGUGUCAGCAGUGGUAUCGCCAGUUCCUGUUUCAGUUCAACUGCCCGUGGGUGCUUCUGCCCAAGUGAAAAAGCCACUGGCUGUCAAAUGUCCGCCUGUGCCGCCUCUAAAGUAUCACCUCCCUCAUGGAACGCCCAGUGCUGUCUCCUCGAAUCCCAAUCAAAAUACAAAUACAAAUCCAUCGCCACUGGCGCAGAAAUCCUUACUCAAACCAGUCGCUGUGUCCAUACCGGCUUCCUCGCCCGUUCCGCGUACGUCGAUCACACCAAAAGCCGGAUCCUUUUCGAUCUCCAAGAUCAGUCCGACCAGGAACACUACGCCUAUUCUAGUAUCGACGCCCACAGGCCUGCAAACCGUACAUGUGUCUACUACGCCAACACCAGGAGCUGGAUCUACGCCCACGGCGGUAACAAAGAAAGUGAUGAUCAAGAAACCCACUCCUGGGAAUAAAAUUGGCAACUUCAUCAUACCACUGGACCAACAGCAGCAGCAACAACAGCCGGUGCAACCAAUACCUGGCAAACCCAAAACAGUGACCAUCACUCCUCGCCCUCAGAUGCCGAAGAACAUUAUUCGUCUGUUGCCUGCCGGCGGAAAUCCAACGACUACGAAUCCCAAGACCGCCACUGUGCAAAUGCUUGGGCCUCGUAUAGUUGGACCCCAAGCGCAGACUCUGCGUCCAGUACAGCAGAAAAUCGGGGCGGUAUCCAUUGUGGCUAAUAAGCCAGUACCUGUGGCUACUAGUGUUGCUACAGAAGCUGCAAAUCCUGCGACGCUUGCCAAAGGAACGCCCACUCCCGCGGCAGGUACCAUUGUCAAGAUGUCGCCGCAGGCAUUCGCCACGCUCCAGCAACAACAACAGCUGAAGCAAACAACCAACAACAGCACUCCUGGCCAGAGUUCCCCCCAGCAAAGGAUUAUUGUGGGUAACACGGCGAUUUCGGCGAAUAAGAAGAUUGUGUUCCAGGCUGUGACGAAAGCUGCUCCCAAAAUACUCACCACUUCCCCGAGUGGCUCGGUUUCCAAGACGCCAACGAGCUUGUCGCCACAACAGCCGCAGCCUCAGCAGAGGAUUGUGCUCCAGAACUUUAAGCAGCCAGUGCUGUCCAAUAAUCAAGCCACAGCCACUGUAGGAGGAGCCACAACACGGGUUAUUCGUGCCACGCCAGCUGUAGGUGGUUCGGGUGGAAGCACAACGCAAGCGGCGGGACAAAUUAUCACUCUUGACGGCCUGCUUCAGAAGCAAUCUUCUGGAAGCAAACUCGUCACCACGGCAGGCAACAAUAUUAUUCAGUUGGCCACCUCUUCAGCUAGCAAUAUGAUCACCCUGAGUCCCAAUCAGCCCACAAAACACUUGCCUACGAUGGCGCGCAUCGUAAGUGCCACAAAUACGACCACUGGCACUGGAGCCAGUCAAACUGGUGCUGUAGCCACAGGGCCCAAGAUAAUUGGGAAAACCACAGUGCUCCCGGGAAAACCUCUGCUUUUGAAUGCAAAGACGAUAAAGCAACUGAGCGGCAGCAGUGUGGCCACCACCCAAGUAACCACCGCCACGACCACAACAGCGGCGUCUAGCGGAGGGACUGUCAUUUCAGGCACGGGAGUCGCCACAACUGGAGUGCGAACAGCCCAGAACAUUGUGAUUGGCGGUCAGACGGUGAAGCUGCAGGGCGCGAUUCCGACUCGGGCAGCUUCCGGCGCACCCAUGCAGACCGUUAUUAUGGGCAACCAGCUCCUCAGACUAGCUGCAACCAGCAGUAGUGCGGCGACAACCACUUCCUCAGGAUCCAUAGCGUCAGCACCAAAGACAUUAGUCAUCGGAGCGGGAGGCACGCAAACCCUUCGCAUCGCCAAGAAUGUGAUGCUUGCCAAUAAGCAAUCUACCAGCACGACAGGCGCUUCUGGAGCGACCACAACGACUGGAAACAAUGUCAUGUUUGCGGUUCAGGGAAACGGUGGCCAGCUGUUCUUCUCGCAAGGAAUACAGGGAAUGAAUCUUAAGCCACUGUCCAGUUUAAAAGUGAUACCAAUGGCAUCUGCAUCGGGGGCGGGAGGAGCAACUGGUGGCAAGAUCUCCUUGACGACAGUGGCCGGGGAGAGUGGUACAAAGACUUUGACUACCAAACUGAUACCGGCCACAGUUCUGAAAACAGCCACUGGAAGUGGCAACUAGGAGGCUUUCCACCUCACCAGGUGGAUUGAAGAAGUUUGUUAACCCGUUGUUUAUCCUUCUUCUAUUUUAAUUAAACACAUCGUGUAAUUUAUAUAUAUAGGCAGAAAGUUCGAUUGCUAAUAUUUCUAUGUAUUAAGUGAAAUGAUAGACACCCAGCAACCAGUUUUGUGGAAACAGUUUAUAAAGUAUAUUUAGAAAGACACCCAAUAAAACUCCAAUGAAAUCA